UGGACGCAGGACUAGGUCUUGCUCUCUCCUGGGUGACGCGGGUUGGAAGGGGCUCCUCAUACUUAAUACUUUUGCGUACGAUCUGAAACUACCCAUUUUUUUCCCCCCGAGAAUUCCCUCAGAGAGGAGCCAUGAAGUGGACCUGGGUGCUGGCGGCGGUCUUGUUGUCCUUUGCCGGGAUCUCUACGGGCAAGGACAGCUUGGACUUUCCCGAGUUUGACGGCAAGGACAGGGUCCACGACCUCAACGUGAAGAACUAUAAGUCCGUGAUGAAGAAGUAUGACGUCAUGGUGGUCUACUACCACGACCAUCCCGGAACCAGCCGCGUCGCCCAGAGGCAGUUUGAGAUCGAGGAAUUGUCCCUUGAGCUUGCAGCCCAGGUGUUGGAAGAGUUUGAUGAUGAAGACGUCGGGGUCGGACUGAUUGACGCAAAGCACGACAAAGGUUUAGCAAAGAAAUUAGGCCUGGACGAGUCCGACAGCAUCUACAUCUUCACGGAGGACGAGGUCGUCGAGUACGACGGAGAGCUCGCCGCCGACACGCUCGUGGAGUUCGUCUUUGAUCUUCUAGAAGACCCGGUGGAAAUCCUUGACAACAAUAGGGAAUUGAAAGGUUUUGCGAACAUCGAAGAGGACAUCAAAUUGGUGGGCUACUUUAAGAGUCACAAGUCAGAACACUUUGAGGCCUUUGUUGAUGCUGCUGAAGAGUUCCAUCCCCACGUCAAGUUCUUUGCAACGUUCAAUCCCAAGGUUGCCAAGGCUCUGGAUCUAAAGCUGAAUGAGGUCGACUUCUACGAACCCUUCAUGGAGGACCCUGUCGUCAUCCCAGGAAAACCUUACACCGAGGAAGAGCUGGUGAAAUACAUCGAAGAAAACGACAGGCCGACUCUGAGGAAGCUGCAGCCCCACAACAUGUACGAGAUCUGGGAGGAUCACGUUGACGGUGAACACAUCAUCGCUUUUGCUGAGGAGACCGACCCAGACGGCUACGAGUUCUUGGAGAUUCUGAAGGAAGUUGCCGAGGACAACACGCACCACCCCCACCUCAGUAUUAUCUGGAUUGACCCUGAUGACUUCCCCCUGCUUGUACCUCACUGGGAGAAGAUUUUUGGGAUCGACCUGUCCACUCCACAGAUCGGUGUUGUGGAAGCUGAUGAUGCGGACAGCGUGUGGAUGGACUUGGACGAUGAUGACGACAUGCCGUCUUCGGACGAACUGGAGGACUGGAUUGAGGACGUUCUGUCCGGGGAAAUUGAUCCUGAUCAUGACGAUGAAGAGGACGAUGACGACGAUGAUGAUGACGAUGAUGAUGACGACGACGAUGACGACGAUGAUGACGACGAUGACGAUGAUGACGACGACGACGAUGAUGACGAUGACGAUGACGAAGACGAUGAUGACGACGACGAUGAUGACGAUUAUUAAUGAAUUGAUCUAAUCUGAGCAAUGCGGUUUCAAAUGCUAGCAACAUCGACAGCAAACAUCUUUGUAGGAUGUACAAUACAACCCGCUUACGUUGAUCCCAUUUAUGUCCACGCCCACGUGCAUUUGUCGACAUCCAAUUUGAACAUUUCUAUGAACAAUGUCGACAUGUGUUGUCAAUAUCGCUCAACAUAACUGUCUGAUGACACAGCAGUCAAACACACGCGGUCACUUCCUGUUCAGUGCCAAAUUAGCUGGAAAAUACCUAAUUGUAAUUAAAUUGUUUGACA